AAGGAAAGGCUGUCACGCCUUAGCAAGUUCACAGUCACGAUUGCACCCUAUUCUUCAUUGUAUGAACUUUGAAAAGUUUUGAAUAAGGCACCCUAAGGAAAAGCUUCAUUUAAUAGCUUUCCUAGAGCGUGCUUGUCAAUCCAAAAUGCUGCAUAAGAUAGUGAAUUCUGUCCACAAGGCAAUUCACAUGAAUUUAAAGUCAGUUGAGAGUAGAAGUGAAAAGAGUAGUUUUAAAAUUCCCUUUUCUACAGAGUUUGGUAUUACUUAACCAUGUCCUAAUCUUCAAUCAUUCCUUCCUGUUGUAGGUGUUAAAUUAUUGCCCAACAGCUGCCUACAUAUACUGCCCUGUGCCCUCCUGCUGUGUUAAAGUGAAUUCAACGGACUCCCAAUCACCACAUCCGAAGCGGGAUAGGCGGUCUUGUGUGCAAAUGGCCGGCGGUGCAGAUUUAGCUGUCCUUCCUCUAUGCAGCAAAGCUGUUGUUGACAGAAGCCAAGAUCCCGGCAAGAAUCACCACAAGAACCUCGUUUCUUCUGCAGCGGAGGGAGAGACAAUUCGGCGGCCUAGGGGACGGCCCGCUGGCUCCAAGAACAAGCCCAAGCCACCCAUCAUUGUGACAAGGGACAGCGCCAAUGCACUUCGAGCUCAUGCCAUGGAGGUGAGCUCGGGCUGCGACGUGGCCGAGAGCCUGACCAGCUUCGCCCGCAGGAAGCAGCGUGGGCUCUGCAUCCUCAGCGGGACGGGCUGCGUUACCAAUGUGACAAUCCGGCAGUCGGCAUCCUCCAGUGCAAUUGUGACCCUCCAUGGCCGGUUUGAGAUCCUCUCACUGCUCGGCUCGAUCCUACCCCCACCGGCCCCGCCCGGGAUUAUGGGCCUGACAAUAUACCUUGCCGGUGCCCAGGGGCAGGUGGUUGGAGGGGGUGUGGUCGGCGGGCUGAUCGCCUCGGGCCCCGUCACAAUCAUGGCUGCGUCGUUCAUGAACGCGACGUUCGACCGAUUGCCGCUGGACGAUGAUGAGGUGUCCGUGGCAAUUCAGAAUCAGCAUUACCAGAACGGUCGACACCAGCACACGGACAUAUCCGACUUAUACGGAAUGCCACAGAACCUGCUCAACAAUGCCGGGAGUCUCCAUCCGGAAAUGUAUGCCUGGGGGAGCGCACGGGCCGCGCCGAAGACUUGAGCUUUCUUAGGAGAAACUUAAAAAAACAAUCUUCAAUACAGAAAGAGAAGUUACUAUAAAAAGGUCGUGUUUGUUUGGCUUUUCAUUGAAGCAGCAUAAGCAUUAUAGCUUUGGUUACUGAUCAUAUAUGGAAAUACUCAGUUGGUAUCACAGGAGGAUGAAGCACAAGCGCUGUCCUAAAUCC